AUGCUUUCCACCCUUACCCUGCUCCUCGCGACCAUAGCAUCCCUCACCGCCGCGGCAUGCACCUCCUCAUCCGCAUCAGGAGCAUGCUACACCUCCACCACCACCGUUCUCAACCCAACGUGCGUUCCCUGGACCGGUAUCUGCCCCCUCAUGCUCUGCGCCACUCCGACGGCCACGGCGACUGCGAUCGUCCCCUUGGUUACUCCGUACACGCAUCCAGAUUGGACCGUCGUCCGAAGAGGUGGUAUCAAACAGAAGUCACAAUUCAGCUCACUUCUCUCUCCGAAUGUAUUGUUCUUUCGCUCAUCAGUCAUUGGUCUUCGUCAUUACCACAAGAAACCCUAA